AUGGAAAACGAACCGUUAGUUAAGAAUUACGAUUCAGAUGAACAAGAUGUUCGACGACGAUUAUUAGCUGAUCGUACAAUCAGUGAACCUAAUCAUGAUAAGGACAGUCAAUCGACUUAUUCACGAAGUCGUUCUACUCCAUCAGGUGAUGAAAAGGAUGAUUCAAUCGAUACAGUACUUGACGUGCCAACAAAAUGUGUUGAACAAGCAAAAGAAGUUGGAAAACUUGUUGUUCAAUAUGUUGUCGAUCAUACUCAUCUACCACAUUGGUUACUUGAUAAUGAAUAUCUUGUCUCAGGACAUCGUCCACCAAUGCCAAGUUUUAAUCAAUGUUUCGCAUCAAUAUUUCGUAUUCAUACUGAAACAGUUAAUAUAUGGACUCAUUUAGUGGGUACUUUAAUUUUUGUUAUUAUUUUUUUCUAUUUGGUAACACGUCCAUCAAGUGAAGUACCUAUCGAAAAGAAAAUAACUUUUGGUUUAUUUUUUCUUGGAGCUAUUACUUGUUUAUUAUUUUCAACAUUAUAUCAUACAUUAAGUUGUCAUUCACAACAGGUUUCGAAAGUUUUUAGCAAACUUGAUUACUGUGGUAUAUCAAUUUUGAUUAUUGCUUCAUUUAUUCCAUGGAUUUAUUAUGGAUUCUAUUGUGAAUUUGGAACAAAAAUAGCCUAUCUAUUGAUUACGGCAUUAUUAGGUAGCGGAUGUAUUAUUGCGUCUAUGUGGGAUAAAUUUGCUACACCAGAAUAUCGGACAUGCCGUGCACUUCUUUUUAUGGCAUUUGGCCUUUUUGGUUUUGUUCCAACAUGUCAUUAUGUGUUAUUAUUCGGUUUUAAAUAUGCUUUUACAACUGGUGCUGCUCAAUGGUUAGUCGUCAUGGCACUUCUAUAUAUUACAGGCGCUUGUCUUUAUGCUGCUCGUAUACCAGAACGAUUGGCUCCUGGUUAUUUUGAUAUAUGGUUUCAAAGUCAUCAAAUCUUUCAUAUAUUUGUCGUAGCUGCAGCAUGUGUUCAUUAUUAUGGUCUUUGUGUAUUAUCAAUGCAUCAACCAAAUUUUAAUGAUUGUCGUAAAGGUAUAGCACCAGCAAUCAGUAAUGUUGUCAAUUCGGUGUUUAAUUAA